AUGAGUGGGAGCACUUGUUCGACUGACCCUAAACAACAUCCCUCGGAGCUACCUAGCGAUACAGAAUUACCGAGUCUCUUGACACCAUGGCAAACAGAGGAUUAUGAAAAUUCCAUCAAGACUGCAUUGGUACAACCUAAUGAUUGCAGUCAGUUUCGGAUUGAUGGUCAGGUCCCACGCCAAAACUCAAUGUUGGCACAUUCACACCAAGUGUAUUUACAGCAAAACGAACAAAAGCGUGCUGGUCCAGGAAGGCGCCGACUAGAAGGCCAAAAAGGGUUAUUGAUGGGACUAAUUGAUCACUGCUAUCCACCGCCAAUUUGUCCUUCCUGCUACUACACAGGAUCUAGUUUAUCUGAUAUCCAUAUGCACUAUAAACUACAUAGUGGAGUUAAGGCAUACAGAUGUAUUCAUCCAACCUGUAACCAUGCGUAUAGCUCACGCCCUGGACUGCGUUAUCAUCUUGAGCAUGCUCACACUGUGACUAUGAUAUCUGAUUCAAGUGUUCAACUCGUUGCUUCAAAGAAAUCGGUUACAAUUUCCAAACGGCCGGCUCCUACACGCAUGAAAAAGUCUCAGAUAUCAGCCUCUCUGCAGACCUUGUUAGACAAUGCCUACCAUCCUACACUUUGUCCUGCCUGUCAAAUGAGCUUCAAGCGAAAAACUCAUGUUGUCCAUCAUAUUGUUAGUGCCCAUAGAGGUGAUGAGAUUUACAAGUGUGUUGUUUCAGGCUGCAAGCGAAACAAAGCCUAUGCCACUCGCGAAGGAUUAGUGUAUCAUCUAGCCAAUUAUCAUUCUUAA